CGGUCGCACACCAAGUAAAAUGGCAACUCGAGACGACGAUUAUUUUGCCUCAAGCUCGUUCCCGCACCGUCAAACCGUGCAGGAUGCGAACGAACCUCCGCCUUCAUACAGUGAGGUUAUGGAAGGAGAGAGGAAAACCGGCUCCAUUACCGCCAAUGUGAACGAUAACGCAGCCAUGGCCCUCAACGCUGGUUUCCCUGGCGACCACCUCGAGCCCACAGCGCCACCUGACGAGGACGAGGGUGACUGUGAAGAAGGAAUACCGUUUUUUCCGGGCGUACAUGUUGCUCCUUUAAACAAUGACUCUCGUGACAUUCACGACAGAGCGCAACAAACACGUCCCGACACAAUUCCUCCAAAGAAAUCUCCUCCAAAGGAAAUUCCUGGCCCACUGGGAAAUCCCCAUCCACAGCACUAUAAUGCACCACUUCAUGCCCAGCAGACGAUGCUGACGUUCUCACCUGACUGUGAAAAGGGACUCAUUACGACACUAGCGCUCAGAAAUGGUGCACAGCACCACCUAUCGUUUGACGACAGAAGCUACAGUACUAGUAGCAGUUUGGGCAGCUUACAGAGUUUCAAUGGGUGCUGUAACUGCAAGAGGAAGGCAAAAAUUGUGUGUACUUUGAUUGGUAUCGUUUGUGCUUGCAUUACAUUUUUUGUGUUUCUAAUGCAGUUUUUGGCUCAGAAAAAUUAGUACACCACCAGAAGGCUGUACAUGAAAAUUAAACGGAGAGGAGUGGAGGACCUUUUUUGACGCCCUGGACGCCCAACGGCGUAAAGGGAGAUAGUAGUAGGCCUAGAAGUAAAUAUUACACAUAAAUAUAGUAGUAGUAGACACGUCAAGGUAUCAUGCAUAUCACACAUCAAUGGGGUGCAUUUAUUGUGAUGUAACGCAAAAUUUUUAAGAACAUGCAGUAUAAAAGACCGCCAGCGGUUUUUCUUUCACUUAAGAAGAUUCCACUUUCUCACAAGUAUAAAAUUAAGAUUUGGCAAUGUGAUGUAAAUAAUGUAAAUCGUGUGUACAUAAAGGAGUUUUAUUUUUUAUAAAUAAUGUAAAUCGUGUGUACAUAAAGGAGUUUUAUUUUUUAUUUAAAGAAACACGUGUAAUCCAAGAACAUAAGAGAGCUGUGAAAUAAACUUUACUGAGUCAAUCGGUGAGUUACACAAUGGAUUAUUUAUUUCAAUAUAAUGUUUAAAAUCAUUAUGUGAUCUCGUUACUCAUUUCUUAGAAAAUGAGCUAAGUGAUUAAAAAAAAAA